AUGGCCGACGAAGUAGACCAGAGCUUUGACGAUGCGUGGUGGGAUUCCUUGGAGAUAGAUCCUGUCAUUGAUACACAGCUGCAAGUUGCAGAGCAGAAAGCGCAGCCAAGCUUGACGAAUCCGAGCCAAACGCAACAUUUGUCGCGUGGUGUGCCCAUACAGAGCGUGCACGACGUAGAAUCGCAAGUGAGAGAGCUUCAUACGCUUCAUGCAAAGCAGCAGGAAGUCAUUGGGCAGCUCACGCGCCAAACGCAGCAGCAGCAAGGAGAAAUCGCUGUAGUACGCUCUAAUUGGAGUAAACUGCAGCAUGAAAAUGCUGGGCUCCAGCAGCAGCAAGGCAAGCUCGAGCUCGAAUACAGGCAGCGGCUUGAGCGUAUUCAGCAUGAAAACCGGCGUCAGAUAGAAAAGCUUGAGACGGCCGCGGCAUUCAGGCGCAUUGAACAAGACACCACACGGACCGCAUGGCCCUCUACGAUUCGGCGCAGGCCGCCCGUAGUAAUGCAGGACCUUGGCGUGGCCAAACAGACACCGUCGUCGCAGCCAUUUGCGACGCCGACGCGCUCGCGCAUGGUGCAGCGCUCGCCCCAAUCGCCCAUAUCGCCUUUUUCGCUGCUCCAACGCAAGCGAGGCGCGCCCGCAGACGAUGAGUUCGUGUCCCCUUCGCAGCGCCGCGCAAUUAAAAUACCGUGCAGCGCGAAACUAAAAAAAGAAUUUCCCCACUUUCAAAACUCCUUCCUCGCAGGCCCAACGCUGGCGUCAGGCAGCGACCGAGCCAAAUCGCCGCCGGAUACGAGCGAUGUGCCGGACACGGCGCUGUCUAUACGGCGCGGCUCCUCUCCCUCUACGCCCUCGCCAGACUUAUUGCCGACGCACACGGCAGGGGAGCACGUAAUGCCCGAUGCAGCGACCAAUGUACUGACCGUCCUGUUCUGUUUUCGGACGCGAUGGAUCACGCAUGUCAUGUGCCAGCCAUAUAUGCACUUUACUCCGCCCGAAACGAUCCCUGGCACGCAAUACCUACCGCUUGGGCCCGGUGUACAUUCAUGGUGCGACGCAUUCGAUGCCGAGCCCAGCGUGCCGAUCACGAAAGAGUCGCCCCCCUCGAUGCUCUUGCAUCUCUUGUCUAUGCGACUCCCUCCGCAAGUACCGUUGGUCUUACGCAAGCGGUUCGCGCACGCCGCGGAUACUCUUUGGUCGUGCGUCAUGCAAGGCAGCUCGUACAAUGUGUUCCUUGCAGAGUGUGGGCACCUUGUGGAUGAUACUCUACGCGAACGAGCCGAAGAGGCCGAAGAUCCGUCUGCAGUGCAGUUUGUUAUGGACAGUACCAUUGCGCAAGUGUGGCAUCAGCAAGCAGACACGCUGUUUGGCACAGUAGCAGCGGCGUUGCGCACCUUGGCCGGAGUCUUUUUGCGCUUGAACAUGAUGCACCACGUAUCUUCGCUAUUCAACUGGAUGGCAGCACUUUGCAUUGCACACCCCGACUUGGCCACGUUUCUCGUGAAACGAUUUAAGUAUUUGGACUGGGUGCCAGAGCAUGAAAUUGACGCGAGCGCUAUUGUGCCGAGCAGUCAGGACGAGACGGAUUUGGCGCUGAGCGCACCAUCUUCGCAAGAAAGCGGCGCUGUGCACAGCAUCGCAAGCGAUACGCUGCUCGCAACGCCGGUUAACCUCGUUUCGAUGCUCAUAGAGUGUGUGCGGAAAACGCAUGUGGUGCCAUUAGAAGCAGCAAGCCCCGAGUCGCUCCCUCAACCAGACCAGGGUGCCGCCUCGACGCCGGCCAAGUGGGAUAUGGGCACCGAUGCACGUACAGCGCUACUCACCUCCUUGCUGCGUCUUGUCAAAGUCAUUGCGUGGACAAAUGGCCCAAAAGGCUUGCACGAGAUGCAAACAUUCUUCCAAAAACCAGGAGUGCUUCUUACCCUGCUCGACGCACAAGCACCUUGUGUGCUUUUCCACGCCGUCCAGCUUUUCUCGCUCCUUGUGCCUGAUCCGCUUGUGCUGCACACUGCGCUAUCGAGUCAGUUUGAUACUGUAUUGCAGCCGCGCGUCACAGCGCGGCUGCUCCAAGUGCGGUUCCCUGUCGUGGAUAUUCUUGCGAAACAUUUGGUCGACCGCCGAGGCAAUGCUUCCCCGUGCAGUAUUCACCGUCUACAUUCCAGCGUGCUCAUUUUUUUGGCCUACGCUGCUAGAUACCACGAUACCUCGUUGAUCCUCACCGAAAGUGUACCACUCCUUCCUGCGCUGAUCCAGUGCCUGAGUUGGGAUACCGAAGACGUAUGGAGUGGGCAGCCGAGCAAUACCGCCAAUGUGGAACGCGCCUUGGAGCGCGUCUGUCUCACCACGCGUCUCUUGCAUCAGCUGUACAUGCCUGAAACACACGCGCCGCGCAAUUUAGCAGAACAGCUUCUGUCGCCGCAAGUACAGGCGAUGCUCAAUGGCAUUCGGCACGCGUUUGUCGUCGCGAUGGGCCGCAUAGCAUUCGCGCGCGAGCCCGAGUGGCUUGCUGACGGUGAUGCACUCGACGCCACGCGGCAGCGCAGGCGUGGACAGUUGGAGAAUGCAGCGGCGCUGGCCGGCGACCUUGUCGACCUGAUCUUGUCGCCUACAGAGACGGACGAAAUAUACGAACUUUUGACGGAAGCGCCGUAG